AUGCCCACAGUCACCCUCCACCCUCCCACCGCCCCGCCCUCCACCCCCGAGAACCCGCUCCCGCCCCUCCUCCACACGCCCAGCGGCCUCGCCCUCCUUGAAGUCCAAGGCACCAUCCAUUUCCCCCCGCCCGCACCCUCCGCCACGUCGACACGCGUCGGCAAGCUCGUGUUCCCGACGUACAACCCCGAUAUCCACGGCGCCGACGACACCAAGUGGAUGAAGCGCGUGUACCUGUACGUGGGCGACAACCAGCGCAUGGUCGGGGAGUGCAAGAAACUGGGCAAGCCGUUUGCGGUGGUGCGACGGCGGGGCGGGGACGAGGACGCGGAGGGGGAUGUGGAGAUGCAGGGUGAGGCGGGAGAGGAGGAGUUGCAGAUUGUUGAGGUGGUGAGGCAUAAGAUUGUGUUUUCUGGGCGGCCAGAGCCGGUGGGUGGGGGUACGGAGGAGACGUGA